AUGAAAGGAAAAUCCAUUUCUGAUGUCAUUUAUGAAGUAUUUCCGUGCAGACAACCUGGUAAUUUCUCGAUCCUUCUUGCCGCAUCCGAUGGUUUUGUCUCUGAAAAUGUAUCAGUACUUGCUUGCUGCGUGUACUUUAUCAGGAGAAAUUGGACUGUUGAAACUGAUUCUCCAAAAAUAACGCCGCCAGGCGAAAUAACCCUCAAAGUUUUCUACAGCGGAAGUGAAAUUUAUUAUCCCCAGAACGCCCUGGUAGAUAUCUUCUUUGGUGAUGAACAAUCAGAUGUCGACCUAUCAUUUUCAGACAAAAAAGAUGUUGUCCAGACGCAUACUUACGAACAGGAAGGGGAGUGGAACAUAACUAUUCGAAUUCAUAAUGAUGUUGACGAAGAAAUAUUUAUGCAACAGGUACUUGUGUUAGAGAAACUUGGUACCUUGGAAGUGACUUUGAGUUAUGAGCUGGACUCGAAUCGUCGCGAUCCUCAUGGCUUAGAGAGAAGUGAUAUACCCAUAAACUCAGUAGCUCUUUUUACCUGCAAAGUAUCAGAGACUGCAGUUUCAUCCUUGUUAUGGUCUCACCAGUCUGGAAUAAGGACCAAGAUAUGUCCUCGCAUUGAUGCUGAGAGUGCCAACAAAUGGGAUAACCGAGCUGCUGGUAUAUUGCAUGUAGUGGGAGAAUAUGAAGCAACAUUUCAAGCAUCCAACAUCUUGGAAGCAAGCAACUUGGUAGUCCUGCCGGUCCGGGUCCUUUCCAACCCAGAGGGACUGCAGUUGCUCGCUUCGAGGACUUCAGCAGAGGUUGGGGAUGAGAUCGAGUUCACGAUUCAGUUCGAGCAGCUGGAUGAGCUGUCCUGCCUUUCCUUCGACCCGAGAGCGGACAGAGAAGUGCAGGCCUUCGGAAAUGAAGAGGUGUGCGCUAAGAAUCUGCCUAGGCAUAGAUUCCAUCCACGUGAGGAUACGAGCAUUUUGUAUAUUUAUCGAUCUGGAGGUAUGUUCAAACCGAAUGCUACAGCUUUUAACUCCAUAUACCAAAGCGAAGCUAGUCUAAAUAUUGAGGUGUCGUAUGCACCUUCCAAUAUAUGGAUCGAAGAGAACUCGACAAAUAUCUUCCAACCAAUGCAGUUCCGUCGAAGUGAAACGUUUCGUCUCGAAACCACAGCUCUUCUUGUAGACAGCCCUAACUAUCGAUACGAAAUGAGCUGGUACGUGGACGAAAUCACGGAAUCGGAUCAAGUAUUGCGUUCUGUGGACGUGUCUGGGUUUGCGUCUUCGAACUGCUCAGCGAUACGCUUUCCGGUUCGAUUCCUGGAUGUUGGGCUCUACAAAGUGACGUACUCCAUACUAGUACUCGAAAAUGAAGAACCGGCGGAGACACUGUCCUGUUACACCUACCUGGAAAUCGUCAGUAGUUCUUUGAGACCAAUGAUAAUACGGGGAGGAGCUUCGUAUGUCUUAAGAGGUUACGGCCAAGUGGUUUACCUGCAGCCUGGAACUUACUCAGACGAUCCAGAUGAUCCUGACGAUAAGGUCUUUGAAGUUGAUUGGUCAUGUCGUUGCUUUGAGCCACAAGGAUAUUUAGCUACCGACGAAGAAUAUGAUUCAAACUUUGCAUUGUCAAGGAAGAUUUUAACGCCUGUAUUACUUGAGGACAUUACUUUUUCCGAAAACUGUUUUAAAAAUGGAAAAGAAAGGGUUCUCCAAGAAGCAAACAUUGUUUUUAACACGAAAGAUUUAGUUGGAUACUACACUACAUAUGAAAUUACAGUCAUCGUGUCCAAGGGUACAAGAAAUAGAAGAGCUUUAAUUUAUUUGGACGUCAUAAAAGAAACCCCACCUGGUAUCAUUAUAAUGUGUGAGAAACCUGUUGCUUGCAUCGCUGUAGAAGACGGUUUCAUUGUCAGUCCGAACAGGUGGUUAUCGAUUCGAACUGAAUGCGUAACGGACUGUGGAGAUGCUGAAGUGGAAUUCGAAUGGUUCAUUUACGCUGUAGAUGGAACAAGAUCGAACGAUCCCGUUACACUUGACGGCUGGAUAGAACACGUGAUUGUGGACAAAAAUCGACUUGGCAUCAACCAGACAUUCUUCUCCAGAUUUCAGCAAUACAAACACUUCCAUAUCCAGGUCAUUGGUUCUGUUGCUGGUCGUCCUCAAGGUGUGGCUAAGCUAUAUAUUCAACUCAAUAAUCCUCCAGAAGGUGGAGAGUGUGUUCUGAGAGACAUUGUAGGUCAUGCCAUGAUCACCGUAUUUCAGUUAGAGUUCAAGAAUUGGCGAGACCCAGAAGAUCACCGGAUUAGAGAUUAUAGUGUCUAUAUGCUAAAGAAAGGAAAAAAGUUCCGUCUUCACUAUGGGGUGAAGGUGAAAGUGGACUUUGUUUUGCCGCCAGGGAAGUCAGAAAUAUUCUGUGCUGUGGAAGACGAGCUGGGAGCUGUAACUACUUUGUCUGCAGGUUUUGUUGAUGCUGUUAUACCGUCUACUAACGAUAUAGAGGAGUGGGGAUCUAGAGUGAAUUUGAAAUUUUUUGUUGUGGAAGGCCAAAUGCCUUUGAUGGCGCAAUUCAUCGCCUCCGCGGCCUACGCUGAAAAGCAAGACAGAAUGGAUAAUUACAGAUCUGUUUCUGAGGAAGUCGAUUUGGUGUGGAAGAGUUAUUUAGAACUGAGCGGUAUUGAUUCCAGCUACAAUACAAAAGAAGCGAAAGAAGAAAUCGAAGCGGGAAUAUACGACGGAAGAGCACAAGCGAAAGAUAGACUUGCUAAAAAAAAUUUAGAGAUGUUUAAAGCAAUGGAGUUCCUUCCAUUUGAGGUUCUUGCGGAUUCCGAAGUCUACGGUCAAGCAGUGAGUGCUCUAUCGGAGACUAGACCAUUAAACAAAGGCAGUAAGAAAGAACUGAGCAAAUUUCUGGAAAAAAUGUUCGAGUCAUCUGAAAAGACACCAGUUGCACACACAACAGAGAAGCAAGUUUCGGAUAUGCUGCUAACAAAUUCAAUGAACUGCUUUUCAAAGACAUUAGCUGAAGAAGUCCUUGGGGGAAAUUACUUGGACUCGGAACUGGAAGAUGCCUUUGAUUUCUUAAACUACAACUUAACUGAACCCAAUGUAUUUAUCCUAUAUGUGGAGGGAAGCCGUUGGGAAGUGGUUGAGAAAGUUCACCAGAAAAAAGUGGAAGGAGCUAAAAAUUUAUCGAAAGAUGAGGUGAAAGACGAAAUAAAUCUGAUGAAACAGCUAAGCGUGGCAAUUUCAGAACGAAUGAUCAGAGAUGCUAUGGUCAAUCAGAAUCCCAUGGAAGUCGACACGACGUCUGGAUUUCAGAUUAAAGUAGAAAAAAAACUCAUUGGGGACAUAUCGGAAUCAGUCGCUGAGAACAGUAACACUGCGAUGACACUACCCAGUGGCUGCGUUCUUCUUGGGAAACCUGAAGAUUGUGCUGAUGACACAGCUAUAGGAUUAGUGUCUGUUUUAUGGUCGAGCAUUUUGGAAGUGGAUGGAGCUGACGACGUCAACCUCAGUCCAGAAUCCAGUACCUUAGAUUUUUCCCUCACUAAUCAUGAAGGAAAUGCCAGUCUUGAAGUCAAAAAUUUAAAAGAACCAAUAGAAAUAUGCCUUUCGUUAACUCCGCCUUCUGAAGAUAAAGAUUUUAAUGUGAAUUCAAUGCAGAGAAUCAAACCCGAUUUCAAUGGAAAAGAUGAUUUCUUGGUAUACCACAAGGUGCGAGUGGAUAAACUGGGCACAGUCGUUAAAAUGGAAUUUAUAUCAGCAGAAAAGGAGGGAAAUUUCGUCUUCUUGUAUGCCGUUGGAUUUAAGCCAGCUUUAAAAGCGCACGAUGGAAAAUAUUUUUCACAGAGCUCGGCAGCUGGGGGAGGUACGACAUUUAUCUAUUUUAAUGAAAGGUCAGAUAUAGGCGAUGAUUUUUAUGUGGCCGUUGGCUUGCUCUUUUCGAACGGGGACCUUGAAAACGAUGGGAAUUUGACUCGAGACGAUAUGACGAACCAUUUUGGGGAAGGUUACAGCAUUGGCCUUUACAAAACUGGCUGCUACUAUUACUCAGAAGAAACAUCAACAUGGACUAGCUAUGGAUGUAAGGUACAUUCAGCAGACGCUAACAGGAUAUGUUGCUAUUGUAACCAUCUCACUACAUUUGGAAGCGGGUUCUUGGUGGCUCCGAAUACAAUCGAUUUUGAAUAUGUGUUCGCUAAUACUGGCUUUGAAGAUAAUUUGAUAAUUUACAUUACGCUCAUCAUCACUUUUAGUCUCUAUGUUAUUCUGGUGAUCUGGGCAAGGUGGAAAGAUCGAAAGGACCUAACAAAGUUGGAUGCCACUCCUCUUCUGGACAACGAUAUAAAAGAUAGGUAUUUCUAUGAAAUUUUAGUUCAGACUGGAUUUCACUUCAACGCUGGAACAAAAUCAAAGGUGCAUUUCAUUUUGUCCGGUGAAGAUGACGAAACGGAUGUCCGCACUUUUGCUGAUAAAGAACGAACUAUAUUUAAACGAGGGGCGAUGAAUACUUUCGUAAUGGCUGUGCCAAGGUGCUUGGGGCAACUGAAUUACCUUCGCAUCUGGCACGACAACUCGGGCCCCGGAAAGCAUGCAUCAUGGUAUCUCAACUACAUAGUUGUAAAAGACAUUCACACGAGAUACAAAUAUGAGUUCAUUGUGGACAGGUGGUUGGCCGUUGAAGAAGGAGAUGGUCUGAUUGAUCAUCUGAUUCCUGUGGCAGGCAAGGAACAAACUACGCAGUUCUCCCACCUCUUCCCGAACGCUUCGAGACGUAAUCUAUCCGAUAACCAUCUGUGGCUGUCUGUCUUCAUGAGACCUGCACGAAGUCGAUUCACACGCGUGCAGAGGGUCUCUUGCUGCUUGGCUCUGUUGUACUUGUCGAUGCUGGCUUCAGCGAUGUGGUACGAGACAACACCAGAACAGCCAAGUCCUGGAGCCUUCAAAUUUGGACCACUCUCCUUGAGUCCUGAACAAAUUAGCGUUGGUUUGAUGUCGAACUUGGUGGUAUUCCCUCCGACGUUUUUGAUGGUCUUUUUCUUCCGGAAGUCGAGAGCUCGAAUUCUUCGCAAGUCUCAUGUAAACGUGGCUCUUCACCAACAAUAUGCGAGAUGGCGCAAAGAUUACGGAUCAUGUGAUGUCCAGAAACAUAAGGGAAAACUCACCACAAAGCAGACUCGUCGAGCAGAUGACGAAGAAUCUCAGAAUCGAAUACCUUUCAAGAAGUCUCGUUGUUGCCUCCCAUGGUGGUGCGUUUACAUCAGUUGGUUGCUUGUCAUCCUCUCUGUUGGCUCCAGUAUGUUCUUCAUCUGGGCUUAUGGACUCCAGUUUGGCAACGAAAGGACCAGAAAGUGGUUGACUUCACUGGUGAUCGCCUUCUUUUCGUCAGUCCUGCUGACGGAACCCAUAAAGAUAUUUUGCCUUGCCCUUAUCAUGGCCUGUCUGUGUGGUAAUCCGGAUGUAGAUGAAGAUGAUGCCGACAUUGACGAAGAAGAUCCUUAUCUUGAAUCUGAUGAAGAGUGGCUUCAUAACAUUGAUAAAGGUAUUACUGUUCAAAGACCAAAAUACCUCCCGAUAGAUCCACUCGCCCUGGAAGCAGCUCGUAAAGUACGCGAAAAGGAAGUACGCAUGUACCAAGUACUGAAGGAAAUCGGAGUCUACGCUCUCUAUUUGUGGAUUCUAAUGAUCCUCAGCUUCGGCAACCGAGAUCCCAAUAGUUUUUACAUCAGAGAAACUACUAUUAACAACUUUAUCAAGCCCGGAGACCUGUGGAACGAUUUCAAUAAAAUCAACAAUGAAGUUCGAUUUUGGAAUUGGACCCGAGAAGCGCUUUUGCCUGAAUUGUUUGCUGGAGUGUGGUACAAUGGAAGACCACCACUUGGGCUACGUCUUUUAAUAGACGACAGGAGUAACUUCAAAAUAGGAUAUCCCGUUUUGCGUCAAAUCAGGACACGGAAAGAUUCCUGUACUGUAUCUCGGUUUGUGGAGAGUAUUAUACCCGACUGUGCUGGCUAUUCGAGUCUUAUCAAUGAGGAAAGUAGAUUUUAUAAAAAAUUCUGGUAUAGAAAUCUGACUAUGAGUUCAAAAAUCCCGCCUGAAUACAAGUACAUGACAGCAAAACAAUUAAAUGGUUUUCCUUUUUGGGGACAGUUAGAUUGGUACGGUGGAGGUGGAUAUAUUGUGCCACUAAUCGCCAAGCGUUACGAAGAUGGAGCUAAACUAAUACAAAAAAUGUACGAGUUAGAGAAAAAUGGUUGGAUUAAUCAAGACACCAGAGCGGUGUUCAUUGAAUUUGGAACAUACAACGCACAAGUAAACUUAUUCGUCGUCGUCACAAUAGUUGCUGAGUUUGUUCCAGGUGGUGGUAUUGUACCGUAUUAUCAUAUUGAUCCAAUAAAGCUCCUACAAUACCAUACUGGAUCAGGGCUACUGCAGAUGAUAUGCCAGAUUGGGUUUAUUAUUUUUACGAUUUAUCACAGCAUUUGUCAGUUUGCUGCAUUAUAUAGAGAUGGACGAAAGUAUUUCAGUCAGUACUGGAACAUCGCAGAAACUUUCAACUUGUUGGCUGCUUAUGCAUCUAUUAGUGCAGAGGUAUACAAACUCAUACUUACUUGGCGCAUUUUGGAGAUAUUUACGGCUACAGAAGGUACGGGUUAUAUUAAACUUCAAGAAGUUUUGUUACUGGACGAAGCCUUUUGUUACCUGAUAGGUUUCUUGAUGUCACUUGCUACUUUGAAGUUCAUCAAGUUGCUUAGGUUCAAUAAGAGAAUAGGCAGCAUGACAGCCACCCUCCGCCUAUGUGCGAAAGAAUUAAAGGGCUACAGCAUCUGUUUGUUGGUUGUAUUUUUCGCAUUCGUUGCUUUGUUCUGGUUAACACUGGGUAGAGGCGUUCGAGAAUUCUGUUCCUUCUUCGCAUCGUUCGAAUCGUCCAUCAGUAUGAUGUUAAAGAAGUUCAACUACGAAGACAUGGAAUCUGCAUCGCCAGUUGUGGCACCAUUGGCCUUUUUCACGUUUGCGCUGACGGCAUCAGUCAUACUGGUGAAUAUACUUCUAACGAUAAUAAUCCAGUCAUUUGAAGAAGUAAAAUACGAUGUCAAGCUUCAAAACAGCGAUUAUGAAUUGUUACCUUUUAUUAUAGCUCGAUUGAAGUUACUCUUGGGAUUGAACAAAAGUCGCAAAGGCCGAGUGGAACCUGCAGUAACAAUAAAGCCGGAAACUGCGAAGAAAAGUGAUGUGGUUGAUUCCUUCAAUGGUAAAGUUGAUCUCUUGUUGAAAUUCGUGAAUAGCGUCUAUUUAGAUGAGCAGAUGGAUUUGGAUUUCCUCAAAAAAUCUCAGAACCUAUUCACAAAUCCACCAACCGAUACAAGAAAAGAAACAAAGAAAGCAAGGCCAAGAAAAAUACCUUCUUACAUACCAUUACAUAUGAAAAAGCAUUUAGAUUUUUGAACAUAAUGGUUCCUCUGAAAAUGUUAGCACUAUUUAAUUGAGCAAAUGUUAUUCUUCAUUAGUUAAGCAGUAGAUUUUAAUGUAAAUUCAAAACAUUUUUAUUUACCUAGUAUUUUA